CAUCCAACCACCAGACGGCAUGGACGUGUGUUCUUUUACAUCUAUUGUUUAGAUUUGUCUUAUUGUUUCAUAGUUUUAUAGUGAUCCUUUCAGUUUGUGAAGUAACUGUGACGGCCUUUGAAUCAUGAUCGUGUGGGCCUUAUUGUUAAUCGGCAUCUCCACAUCCUCAGCGGUGCAAGUCACCUUCACAGCGGACUGGGCGGCGGGCGCGGGCUGGCGGCUGCGCUGCGCGUGGACGGUGCCGCGCGGCGACCGGCUGCAGUCCGUCAAGAUGUACCGCGGGGGGGUGCUGUUCAAAAUCUAUCGGCCUGAGAUCCACGCGAGCAGUAUCGAGGAGGAGUUCCGCCCGGCGCGCGGCGGCACCUGGAUGAGGCUCUCCUGCCGCGACCAGCCGCCCGCCGGCCAUUGCGACCUGCUGGUGACCCUGGUGUCGCCGCCGACGGCGCCAGAGCAGUACACGUGCGAGGUGUCGGGCGAGCGGCCCAAGUUCCUCAUCGUCACAAGGACACUGGAGGUGGAACCUUAUGUACCAUCCAACGACGCCGCAAUACAAGUUCGGCGCUCGGCGGGCGAGUCAGCCCGAGUCAUGCUCAACUGUACCGCGUCCGGGCACCCCGCGCCCAACCUCACCUGGACUGUCGCCCAGACGAAGGUCCAAGCCGACUUCACGGGCCAAGCCUGGAACGCCACCACCAAGCUCAUGCACUCCUGGUCCACCCUGGCCCUGACAGCCAAGCCCGAGCCUCUCCCCGUGGCCUGCACCCCGGAGCAGCGGCGGCAGAGUGAGCUGGUGCUCGGGCCCCCGGCUGAGUAUACCCUGGAGGUCGCUGCUGAUGCCGGGGAUAGGGUUGUCGAUGAAUUCAGAAUAGCGGUGGCGCUACUAGCACUGCUGUACGUGGCGCGGUGACCGGGGGGUUUACUGCGAACAUUUUACAAGACUUACUUAAAAGAAAGAGAAAAAUACGUUUUAGUUUUAUAUUUGACUAUCGUUGUGAUUAUGACUAUGAUGUAAAGUGUUUUUAUACAUUUAAGUAAAGAUACAUUUCUGUUUUGGCUUCUCUUAAAGAGUAACUUUGGUUUUCGUUAUUCAAUUUGAAUUAAACAUUGUUUGUUGGAGUUUUCCCGUUGAUGUUUAACUACUUUUUAAGAUUUUUUUUCAGUUACUAAAUAUUUUUCUUUUUUAAAACUCGAUGAUGACUUUUAUAACCAUUAACAUCAACAGGAAAAAUAUUUUUAAAUUUGGCCAAAACUAUCGAUAUAGAUCUACAAAUUACACAUUUACAAAUAAAAUUAGUAAAUAAUGUCACCAUAACUAUUACAUAAUAGUUAUAAGUACACGAAGUAAAUUAAGAUCAAUUGGAAAAGUUUUCUUUAUAAUUGGCUAAAAUUAUUGACACUGUUUUAUAAAUUAAGUAUAAGUACAUUUAAGAUAUUAAUAAAGUAAUUUCAUUGCUGUGUUAACAUUAAAUAUACACGGAGUAAAUUAAUAUACAAUAAGAUAUUUUAACAUUAAAUAUUAUUGUAAAUAGUAUAACUGAUGGACGUCACAUAUAAUGCAGAAAUGUUUUAAACAAUUUGUACAUUUAAAUGUUUUUAUAAAUAAACCAUAUUUGUUAAAAAAACUGACCAAGAUUAUAAAUGGAAAUAUAUACGCAAUGGGGGAUGAUACAUAAACUAUACGAACACACUAGGGCUAGGGUAUCACUAUCUAUACAUAAAAAAGGCACUACAUUAUUAAAUUUUAAAUGUAAUGUUCAGUGAAACAC